AUGUAUGACAACAAUGGGGAAAUAAAAACAAACUGGUACACAAAGGAUGUAUGGUCUGGCAAAUUAAUCAUUCCAGUGGGGUUUUGGAGGAACAAAGUAAAAUAUAUUAAGAAAACAUCUGAAAUAUUGAAAAAUCAAUAUAAGUGUGAUAUACCGAACACCAUUGAAGAUAUGCUGAAGUUACCAGGAGUUGGCCCAAAAAUGGCACAUAUUUGCAUGAAGAUAGCUUGGGGCGAAGUUACAGGAAUUGGUGUGGAUACACAUGUUCAUCGCAUUGCAAACAUGAUGGGAUGGGUGAAAACCAAAACUCCAGAACAAACUGAAAAAGCUUUAGAAAGUUGGCUGUCAUUUGACCCAUGGAACGAAGUGAAUCAUUUGUUAGUAGGAUUUGGUCAACAAAUUUGCCUGCCAAUUAAUCCUCAAUGUUCAUCGUGCCUAAAUAAGAUUUGUCCUUCUAGCAAGGCAAAAUAA